UGUGUGCAGGGGGCCUUGGGGCGACUGUGUGCUGGAGAUAAGGGUGAGCAGUGUAGGGCUGGCGUGUGUGUGUGUGUGUGUGUGUGUGUGUGUGUGUGUGUGUGUGUGUAACCCUGGGGAUGGUGGCGUGGUGGCAGUGAUUCUCCCCACAGCCCAGUUGGCUUGUAGAGCAGCACUAAUAAUGGGCACCCUCUCCAUUGUCUCAGAGCAUAUCCUCUCUGUUUGAUGAGCUCUCCCCUGUUCAUCCCCUGUUCAUCCCUUCAUCAUCCUCCCUUUGUUCCUCUCCAGCGCCCUGGGCCCUCCAACACACUCAGAUCCAGCACCAGGAAACAAGCCCUGCUAAUGUUCCAUGCAGUAGGAUUGGAGGUUCAUAUACCGUAGGCUACAGUAGACAGCAGCUAUUAGAAUUGAACUGAAGCUGUUAACACUCCACCAGACCAGCAGGGGGCCUCAGUUAGAUUACACUGGUGAUCUAACAGUGGUCUGAUUUAGGGCCAGUUUUUCCUGACCACAUGACCUGACAGGGAAAACUCUGGAUCUUAACUAUAGGCCAUAGCAAGGAUCCAGAGUUUUUCCUGGCCAGUUGACGUAGUCAGGAAAACCCCCUGGCCCCAGUCUGAUUGGGUGUGUAGUCCCCAGGUGGCCAGCAGGUGUAGAGCUGUAUUGAUCACAGCUGGUGUGUAUGUGAGGAGAAUGAAUGAGGCAGAUCUGGGCUGUCAGGUUCUAUCAGAGUCAGUGUGACUGCUGACAGCUCAGCUCAGCUCAGCUCAGCUCACCCUCUCAUUAACCACCUGAAUGGAGGGGUAUCCCCAAUGUUGCCAUGACGACCCAGCCUCUUUUUUUUUACUGUGUCAGAAAAGAAGGUCCGUAAUAUAUAGGUUCAAGUUUAAUUGCAUAUUAAGAUGUUUUUACAUAGUGAGAGGAUGCCCAAAUUAGGUUGUAUUAUUUUCAAAAUGAAGGGCCUCAACAGACUUAGAUUAUCCCCAUAUACACCAUCCUACAGUUGAAAUGUUGGCUUGCACUCUAGUUCACCUUAUUUACCUCUUACAGGAAUGUGCCUUGACAGUUAUUAAUGGUCUCUGUCUGGAUGUUUUCCUUAUGUUUCCUCCUAUUUUCCUUGAUGAUUUGUCAGUGCGGCUCUGCUGCAGUCGUCCAGUCUAGCUUUUCAUUUAGCAGCUUGCUGAGGUCCAGCAGCACGGCAGUCAAUGACUAGAGACAAACACCCUGGUGGUUUUAUUUUCACUCCAUUUGCAGUGUUUGUCCUCUGUAGAUAUUUUAUCUUUAAUACCAGUGAAUCUGUGUGUGUCUGUGUGAGAGUGUGUGUGCUAGCGCAUGGGGGUGUGCCAUCAACUAGCAGGAAUGUAUUGGUACCGCUAAAGCUAAGAUGGCUGCCAAAUGCUAAAAUGGCUGCCAGGAUUCCACAGAGCGACAGCGCGAGUGAGGGGGAAGCAGAGAGAGAGAGUAGAGCGAAAGAGAGAGAGAGGGACUGAGACUCCAUUCAGGGAAAGGGAAAAAGACACUCCUUUUAGACCAAAGUGAUAUGGCGAUUCUGUCCUUUUGUUUUGCUUUUCUCGUCUUUGGCCGUGGGGUGAAUGGUGCGGCAGUUUGCUGGCACGUUGCGCAGGACUAGCCUCCCCAAGAUUAGGAUGCUGAGGGGCUUAGAUGGAGCGGAGGGAGGGAGGGGCCUAGGAGUGGGGGUAAUGGGGAACUUGGCCCACUCUGCCUUAAACUCUACAGUGCUGUGGGGGUAAUUGGCUUGAAUGGUAUAUAUGAUCCAACCAUAAAGCUCUACAAGGUUGCAUUACGCAGCAGAGAAGGAAUGGCUCCAAGCGGGGCCAAACCAAACUAGCACAGGCCUCUCUGUGCACAGUCGUUAAGGUAAAGAGCCGAGUGAGACGCAGUCCCAAUGACGCCUCGCGGACCCGGGCUUCACAUUUACACUCCUCAGCUUACACUAGUCAUCAGUGUGGAGGGAGAGAGAGGCUGCAGGCUGGGGUUACAUGGGAACUUCACCUGCCACACUGUGCCAACGGCCUGCUCUCAAACAGAACUCCCUGUGUGUGUAACUUUGUGUGUGUGUAUGUUCACUGUGGCUCCCUGGGCCUGAGAGAGAGGGAUGGUGAAGAAGAGAGUGGGGGGAGUAAGGGAGAGAGAGAAAAAAGAGAAAAGGAAGGAGUGCCAGAGAUACAAUGGGGCAAGAAGUGUCACAAACACACAGUCAUCUCAUCUCUCAAACUGGAACACCAAACAUUCCUCUUUGAUACUUGAUGCUCUCUGGAGAGAGUAUUAGUAGUGAUUCCCCUACUGUGAAUGGCUCUGGAAAGUAAAGUAUUUGGUGUUUGAUUUGCCAUUUCAUGACUCUAAUGUUCAACCUGAGUGGAAAUAGCCAAACUUUAAUCUAAGACCCAAUUCUGCCUCUGGAAAGAAGGGGUUUUAAAAUACUUUCCAAAGUGUUCCUAUGCAGUCGUCCGCCCACUGCCCCCUCACCUUGGGUACCGUCCAGGCAUCUGUCUCCUGUCUAACCUAACCUUUCUCCACCAUCUCUCUCUCUCUCUCUCUCUCUCUCUCUCUCUCUCUCUCUCUCUCUCUCUCUCUCUCUCUCUCUCUCUCUCUCUCUCUCGCUCUCUUUUCUACAGAAUCCGGACAAUCAGACAGCUCAAACCAGCAAGGAGACACAGACAUCAAGCCACCACCCAAUGGUGAGUUCACAGUGUGAACAUACACACUGUCAUUUAUACAUGCAGAUGCAUGUUUAAAUGCUUUCACACACACCCAAACACACACACACACAGGCCAGUAUAGAGUGUAUAGUGUAUCCCAGUGGAGUUGGGCCUGGGUUUAUUAUAGUAAGGUGAGCUGAUGUUGCUGGGCCUGGCUGUGGGUGUGGCACCCCUCUCAAAAAUCACCCUGACGUUAUUGGAAGAUGGGAACCACAUGGCCGUGCUGCCGACUGGAGCUCUGACCUCAUACAGCCGGCCCCGCUGUGGUUAACCCAGGCUGAGGCAGGCUGAGGAGAGGAGAGGGUGUGGAGUAAGAGCACCUCUCACCCAUGGAGAACCUGGACGUCCUACACUCUUAGAAGAAAAGGUGCUAGGAUAAACCUUUGAAGAACACUUUUUGGUUGCAGGUAGAACCCUUUUGGUUCCAGGUAGAACCCUUUCUACAGAGGGUUCUACUGUACAUGGAACUAAAAAGGGUUCUACCUGUCCUAUGGGGACAGCCGAAUAACCUUUUUGGAACCUUUUUUUCUAAGAGUGUACACAUUCCUAUACACCUGGCCAGGGACCUAUAGACUACACUACACACUACAGUAGUGUUUCUUAAUCCUACUCCUGGGGACCCAAAGGGGGGCACAUUUAGCCCUAGCACUACACACCUGAUUCCACUAACCAAAGGUUUGAUGAUGAGUUGGUUAGUGGAAUCAGGUGUGUAGUGCUAGGUCAAAAUGUGCCCCCCUUUUGGUCCCCAGGAGUAGGAUGAAGAAACACUACACUAUUGCCUUAGAUAGAGAGCCUUGGUCACUCUAUACACAGCCCACUGCCAGGACCUGUACACACAAUAUACACUAGAGCCCUUGGAAAGCUUAAAUACACAAAUACAAUCCAAAAUCUAUAGCAGUAAUGACAUCAUACACGUUGCAAGUAGCUCUGGCACACUGGACACCAUGUAAACAGUGUGUGUGUAUACAGGGGAACAUACUGUAUAACAACUUCUACAGGGCAUAAUCUAUGGAGCACAUUAUGGCCUCCUGCUGGACUGCAUUUUGACAGGCUUGACUUGAAGCAGUCAUGACGUGAGUACCUGUCCAUAGGGCUUUUGAUAAGUGCGUGAUACGUCCAACCAAAGCCAUUUCCUAUCUUAUAGAAAACACAUGCUAGUGCCUUCCACUUUGGUUUAUCUGGUUUUUCUAUGCCUGGGUUUUUCAGCUCCCUCUGUGUGAGCGGUGUGUGUGUGUGUGUGUGUGUGUGUGUGUGUGUGUGUGUGUGUGUGUGUGUGUGUGUGUGUCCUAGUGUCUUCUCAUCAUCCUCAUCUCUCUCGUCUCUGUCUUUCCAGGGCACUUGAGUUUCCAGGACUGCUUUGUGACUUCAGGGGUCUGGAACGUGGCCGAGCUGGUCCGAGUGUCACAGAGUGAGUCACUGCCUCUCCUCUCUGUUACUCUCACUGCCACUCUCACUACACACUCACCAGUACACACAAACCUCAAGGUUCUCACAUGCAUUUUCCUACUAUACUCUCUGUUUAAAGAACCUUAGUUUCCGUGAGUUGUGUAAGAGUUGUGUGUAUCUGUGUGUGUCCCUCAGCUCCAGUGGCCACAGCGUCCGGCCCCAACUUCUCCCUGGCCGACCUGGAGAGUCCUGGCUACUACAACAUCAACCAGGUGGCCCUGGGACGUCGCUCCAUCACCUCCACCCCCUCCACCAGGUACACACACACACACAUUACCAGAUUGUUUGUAGCCUACUAAUACUAGCUUCUGUACGCUUCAGUCUAUGCUGUCUAACCUUUGUGAAUGCUUUCCUCACUCUGAUUGGGUGAUGGGACCUUUCUUCUUCUCCUUGCCCUCUCUCUCCUCUGUAAAACUUUCUUCGUCUGUUGUUUUUUCCAUCUAUCCGUCAAACUGUCUGUUUGUGUUUUUUCUGUCUCUUUUUUCCCUUUCUUCAUUCACUCACUCUCUCUCUCCUUCUAUCUCCUCUCUCCUUCUAUCUCUCUUCUUCUAUCUCUCUCUCUCACUGUUUCUCUCUCUCUCACGCUGUAGGACUGAAAUGGAGCUUUAUGCAAGUCUCCCACGGAGGUAGUUAUAUUCACUCCACUAUAUUUCCCCUGACACUACUUUAAUAUAGACACAUUCAGACUCAGCCAGACGGACAGCCAGACACACAUACAAUUCUUUAUUUGGAUCCACUUAUGAAACAUUGUGCAUUUAAGGACCCAUGUUUUUACAGGUCUCGUAUGGACUUGAAUCCAAGGAACACUCUCACUCACUGUACACACACUUACUCUCUACAAUACUUUCGUCUAGGCCAGGGGUAGGCAACCCUGUUCCUGGAGUGCCACAGGUACUGCAGGAUUUUGUUCCAACUAGGCACCACACCUGACCAACUUAGCUAAUUGAUUAAUUCAAUGAUUUACUAAAUUCAACACACCUGGUCUUACAUGUUGGUUAAAUCAAAAACAUAAAGUGCCUGCAGCACUCCAGGACCAGGGUUGCCUACCCCUGGUCUAGGUACACUAUCUAAUCUGAGGGACUGUAUCAAACAUGGCCAUGUUCAGAUAAAGCAUGUUGAGUAAAGCCACUAGCCGUACUUAUCUGUCUCUCAGCUCCUGUACUUUGUCUCCCAAGUAAACAAUAUUCCUGCCUCCACACACAUUAAGUCCCUUUCUCUCCCCCUCUCUCCAGCUCCAACAAGCGCAAGUCCAUUGAUGACAGUGAGAUGGAGAGCCCGGUGGACGAUGUCUUCUACUCGGGCCGCUCCCCUGCGGCCGGCAGCAGCUCCCAGUCCAGUGGCUGGCCCAACGAUGUGGACGCAGGUUAGAUACCCCCAUAACCCCCCCCCCAUCUCACACCCCCUGCUGUGCUUUCUGGGACUGUAUCCCCCUACUGUCUGUCGGACCUGUUUUCCUCCCUCUACCCUCACUCCUCUCCUUCCCUCCCUCUCCUCCUCCUCCCAUCCACCUGCUCUGUAGCUCUGCACUGUCACCUCCCUUACCUGACCAGACCCCUAGAGGAGAAUCUGCAUGCCAAGCCUGUGGUCCUCUGUAGCUCAGCUGGUAGAGCAUGGCGCUUGUAACGCCAAGGUAGUGGGUUCGAUCCCCGGGACCACCCAUACACACACAAAAAAAAAAUUAUGCACGCAUGACCGUAAGUCGCUUUGGAUAAAGCGUCUGCUAAAUGGCAUAUUAUUAUUAUUAUAAGCCUGAACUCAUACUGCAGUCUAAAGGGGAGAGUAGGGAUUACAAUAACUGAUUAUUCAGUAGGCCUGUGUUUACACAUUUUCUAAAUACUUUCAGUGCGCUCUGCAGUAGUAGUAUGCUAGUGCGUGUGCCUGCUGCUCGGCUCUGUGCUCAGUGAAAAAAGUAUUAGAUUCAGGCUCCUAGAUUGUAUUUAUUAAUUUUAAUUAACUUAUUUAACCAGGCAAGUCAAUUAAGAACAAAUUGUUAUUUACAAUGAUGGCCUAGCAAGAAGCAAAAGGCCUCCAGUGGACGUCACGUUCUGUUGUUAGAGGUUCUUUGACUGGGUGAUGCGUGUGUGAUGUGAUACUGUGCAUUCGGAAAGUAUUCAGACCCCUUGACUUUUUCCACAUUUUGUUACGUUACAGCCUUAUUCUAAAAUGGAGUAAAACAUUUUUUAUCUCAUCAAUCUACACACAAUACCCCAUAAUGACAAAGCAAAAAUAGGUUUUUAGACAUUUUUUUACAUUUAUAAAUAUUCAGACCCUUUACUCAGUACUUUGUUGAAGCAGCUUUGGCAGCAAUAACAGCCUCGUGUCUUCUUGGGUAUGACGCUACAAGCUUGGCACACCUGUAUUUGGGGAGUUUCUCCCAUUCUUCUCUGCAGAUCCUCUCAAGCUCUGUCAGGUUGGAUGGGGAGCGUCGCUGCACAGCUAUUUUCAGGUCUCUCCAGAGAUGUUCGAUUGGGUUCAAGUCCGGGCUCUGGCUGGGCCACUCAAGGACAUUCAGAGACUUGUCCCCAAGCCACGCCUGCGUUGUCCUGGCUGUGUGCUUAGGGUCGUUGUCCUGUUGGAAGGUGAACCUUCGCCCCGGUUUGAGGUCCUGAGCACUCUGGAGCAGGUUUUCAUCAAGGAUCUGUACUUUGCACCGUUUAUCUUUCCCUCGAUCCUGACUAGUCUCCCAGUCCCUGCCGCUGAAAAACAUCCUCACAGCAUGAUGCUGCCACUACCAUGCUUCACCGUAGGGACGGUAUUCGCCAGGUGAUGAGCGGUUCCUGGUUUCUUCCAGACGUGACGCAUGGCAUUCAGGCCAAAGAGCAAUCUUGGUUUCAUCAGACCAGAGAAUCUUGUUUCUCAUGGUCUGAGAGUCCUUUAGGUGCCUUUUGGCAAACUCUGUCAUGUGCCUUUUACUGAGAAGUGGCUUCCGUCUGGCCACUCUAUCAUAAAGGCCUGAUUGGUGGAGUGCUGCAAGAUAUGGUUUGUCCUCUUGGAAGUUCUCCAAUCUCCACAAGAACUCUGGAGCUUAUCGAGUGACGCAUCGGGUUCUUGUUCACUACCUGACAAGCCCUUCUCUCCCUGAUUGCUCAGUUUGGCGCGGGAGCCAGCUCUGAAGUCUGUGAGUUCCAAACUUCUUCCAUUUAAGAAUGAUGGAGGCCACUGUGUUCUUGGGGACAUUCAAUGCUGCAGAAUUUUUUUGUACCCUUCCCCAGAUCGGUGCCUCGACACAAUCCUGUCUCGGAGCUCUACGGACAUUUCCUUUGACCUCAUGGCUUGGUUUUUGCUCUGACUUCCACUGUCACCUGUGGGACCUUAUAUAGACAGGUGUGCCUUUCCAAAUCAUGUCCAAUCAAUUGAAUUUACCACAGGUGGACUCCAAUCAAGUUGUAGAAAGAUCUCAAGGAUGAUCAAUGGAAACCUGAGCUCAAUUGCGAGUCUCAUAGCAAAGGUCUGAAUAGUUCUGUUUUUAUUUUGAAUAAAUUUGCUAAAAUUUCAAAAAAAUCUGUUUUCGCUUUGUGUUUAUGGGGUAUUGUGUGUAGAUUGAUGAGGAAAAUUGUUAUUUAAUCCAUUUUAGAAUAAGGCUGUAAUGUAACAAAAUGUGGAAAAAAUAAAGGGUCUGAAUACUUUCCGAAUGCACUGUAUGUGAGUCACAGAGCCUGCUGACAGACUUGAUUUAAGCCUCUAUGAAAAGCUUUGCAUUAAAGAUAUAAUCUGGAUAGCUUUCGGCGUAUUUUGUGACUCUACACAGACUCCCAUAGACUCUCAAAACCUCAUUGUCCCCUUAUGGUUUUACCCUCCAACGCCUAUGUGUUGUGUGUUCAGCAUUACAGCACAGCAUCACCACUCCCUCCCAUGUACCUGUAUCUCUCACCUCAUAUUCAACCUGAUUAAUGUUCCCUAUAGUAUAGUUAAUAUCGUCUCUCAAUUAUCAAUUCAAUUCUAUAAUAGAUCAUGUUCAUGAAUUGAUGUCAUGUUCCCUAUUGAUUACAUUCAUUUAUGCAUCCCUUUCCACCCCCAGCCCUCACAGAAGCCUCCUAUUCUAUUGGUGGCCUAUGGGAAAAGUGGAGGGAGAGCAGUGAAUGUAUUUGUAAAAUGUGUCUGAUUUAAUGUGGCCUCUAUAUGAACACCGUUCAUUUACAAACACAUUAUAACAACAUAAUAGUUAUAAUUGUGCCACUGUUCUUAUUUCAUUACAUGUCAGUCAUACUGUACUUAGCUCUCAUGUCUUCAACUGAGUGGAUUGUGGUUAACGUUCCACACUGCUAAUUCCCCCUCCUCCAUUGUUAACUGUGCCCUUCUCUCCUGUUUGGACUUCCAGUGCAGCACCAUUUGGCCAGUGUGCAAGAGAGGAAGAUAAAGCAUGAAAACGAUGGCGUGCAGUUUCCUUACCAUGGUUAGAAAACAUUGCACUUGUAUAUACGUAUUAUAAUCUAUACUGUACCUUAACUCAUGCCACCCUCAACUUGUACUGUAUGCCUCUCUCUGUCUCUCUGCUUGUCUAUUUUUCCACACUUCCUAGCGAGAGUGUUCUCUCCAUCCCUCUCUCCAUCCCUCUCUCCAUCCCUCUCUCCAUCCCUGCUGUUGGGUUGUUCUUGUUUCUUUCCCAGAUAUCUGUUGUGGUUUGUGGAAUCACCAAAGCCUUUUGGUAACCCAGUAGCUUCACCAAGUCUAUUACUACCUCUCAAACACUGUGUCCACUUGCUCAAGGUGGAGGGCUUGAUUAGGCUUUUAUCUUUUCCGAUUCAGGCUGCCAGGAAACUGUAACCUAUUGUUAAUUUGUUUAAUUGAUUUCAAUGUUUAAUUGAUUUAUAUGUUUUUUUUGCACACUUUUUGCAUUCGCUCAUUCAAAAUUCUAAUUUCAUUUAAUUGAUAUUGCAAAAUAAUUUUGAAUUGCAGUAAUUUGGUAAUUUAGUCAGCAACACAUGCAUCAGUGCUCCAAUUUGUUGUAGCGGUAGAGCCCUGUGAGAGUGGGUAGAGAUUAGAGAAUGAGGCCCUGUCUCCUGUUGAGUUGCUGUGAGAUGCUUCACCCAGUCAGUUAUUGAGGUGGUGCUGUUCUGUGCCCUCCCACCUGUCAUAGCCUCACUCAACAGAGGACACCGCCUCCAACAGACAGGACAGGAAGAGGAAUACAACACAAACAAACAAGACUAAAUGCACUCAGGUGUGCUGUCAAGGCACAAGGCACCGUCUGUCUCUAAAAUAUUCCACAUACACACACAAACGUGUGCAAACACACACACAUACACACACACACACUCCCAAUCUGGAGAGUAGCAGCGUUCCGGUCCAGAUGGUGCCUCCAUGUGUCUACAGCAAUGGGAGCUACUGGGUUACAGCAGACAUCUGUUCUGGUGAUGGUGGUGGUGUUGGUGGUGUAGGGGGAGGAGGAGGAUGGGGAGAGGGCCUCAGCUCCCCUCCAAAGGUGAUUCACUACCUGAAUGGAAGGCUCUGAGGCAUAUGAGGUGAUCAUGUAAUUCAUCAUUACUUUUGCUGUCUCCUGCUCUGCUGUCUCCGGUGCCUGCUGAGGGGACAUUGAUACGCCUCUAUGCAUUUUCAUUGGUUGUUUCCCUCUCCUCUCUCACUUAAUUUCAUGCUCAGCCCAUCACUGUACUGUAGUCAACGUAUUGGUCUGAGAUAGCUUGCUGAGGAGAUAAUUGUGGUAGGGAACAUUGUGUUUUUGAUUAUGUGUAUGUGUGUUGAUGAGAGUGAGCGCUAUGUAUAUAUGUCUGUAUGUCUGUGUUCUUCUUCCUGGUUGUGGGGAGGGUGGGGGGUGGGGGCAUGGUCCUCUGACAGUUAGGGGUUUGUGUGGCAGCCAGCUUGUUAGCGUGGCGAGACUGGAGGGUCAUGGGAGCAGUUGAUUGGCUGCCAGUCUGCCAAAGCCAUGUGCCAGGAGUUGGACAGAGAAUUAACGCAGAACAAUCGACCGCACUCGCUCACGCAUACAAACGGGCGCAAGCAAACAUACAGACACACAGACACACACACACACGCACAGACACACACACAGACACACACACACACACACAAAACCUAUCACAGAGUGCCCAAUCCCUCUUUAGCCUUGGUGGUUAUAUUCUGUAUGUCCACCCUGAACAUUUGUCUCAUAUAGCCAGUAGGGGUUCACUGGGUGAGGCACAUUUCUAUUUUAAUGUUCCAAUCCUCUUCAAGUAAAAAGUGUUAAUGGAGCGUACCAGAGUGCCAUGCUGUGUUUUUAUCAUCAUUAAUACCAUGCCACCAAAUGGAUCAUCACACUCCCCACUCCCACUUGGUGUCACACAUUCCUGCCUAGCAGAACAUACGUGCCCGCCUACCCAUUUCUAUACUGAGCAAUGCCCAUGCAGGCCCAGCUGCAACGCUGCAGUCAGAAGCAUUAUGGGUAAUUGUUGUUUCCCGAAGUAACACUUCAAAAACGUCUUUCUGAACGGCUGCCCCGUUAGAGUUUAUAUGCUCAGCUUGUAAAAGCUAUUUCAGCUUCUCCCAGGGCCGUACUGAAAUGAUCCCCCUUUUAUUUGAUGUGUUUGUUUUAUUUGAGUGAAUAUGUGUCGUUUAGUCGUUUAUGGGACUUCUUGCUAGUCAGGGUUGUUUUUCUGUUUGUGAAUUUGUUAAAUAUAAUUUUGUGUGUGUGUGUAUGAGUAUGUAUGCACAUAAUGUCACAAACUGCAGUAUAUGUUUGUGACUCAGGACAUGCAUGUGUGUGUUUGAGUGCAAAAGUAUUUUUAUUUUUAUAAUUAUUCUCUCCAAGACUUAAUUUCAUUCUUUAGAUAUUGUGGCUCCCUGAGGUCAAACACACCACUUGGCAAUGGUCACAAACCCUAAAAUUCUAAAUUGCCUGUUCCGAUUACCAUACAUAAAAAUAAUUUCCCUCAAACCCUGCCUCAUGAGGCCUUGAUCAUAAAACAGUCUCUUUACUCUGUAGCUCUUACACACUUGGCCAUGUUUCUGGGCCAGUUGGUAAGGCUGGCCUAUACUUAGUGUGCCUGUUUUUACCAAACUGGGGAAUAGUUCAUAGAGUCCUGAAGCCUCAACUGACAUUUAUAGAAGUAGGAGGACACAUUGAUAUGUUGUUAAAUAUAUGUGCAGGCUAUGCCGUCACUCUUCCACUCCCUUACUUUCUCUCACUCUCUCUCCCCUUUUCCAUCCAUCCUUCAUUGGCGUUGGGCCGUCUGCUUGCCACCCUGACUGAACAGCUUGUGUGUGUGUGUGUGUUCUGUAUCUACCAUAUCUGAGGGAGAUGCAUUAACACAAUGCAGCCGAGCCUCCCUCCCACCAGCCCAGAGUUACAUACAACUGACAGAAUGACUUACAAGCAGUAGGCCAGUAAAUUAAAGGACAUAUUGAUAUAUCUGUUGGCAGGCUGCAGCUACAGUAUAUCUGAAUAUAGCUACACACAUUCUGGCCUAGUUUUGAAGCAGUCCAAAAUCACACUCCUUGUCAACAGGCAUGUUAACAAGUGCAGGCUGUAGGGUGUGUGGGAGGGAGGAUGUAUUCACAGUGUUGUCAUACAGCUGGAGGUCCUGCUGUCUAUAGGGAUGCUGGGUGCUGAGAUCACUGCUGGUGUGGGAUUGGUGGUGGGAUGUUGUGGUUUUUUAUUUGAUUUUCAUUGUCCUCCUAUACCCUGAGACCAGCACUACCAAUGGCGAGGUUGGGAAUUGGAAGCUUGCUCAUGGACUCCACGCAGAGGACCAGUUCCCAUAGCGAGGCACAGUAGAAUACCAGUGAUCAGAAUCAUGUCUGUCGCUCAUAUUCUCCAAUGGUGGCAGCAAUUAUAAUGCCAUUGCAUUUCCCAGCUCUCCCUCCCCUCUGACACUGUGCCCCAAGCCCCCCGGACCCCCUCCUCACCCCCAUCACCUUCCUCCUCACCCCCCACUCCACCCUGCGCUGCUUCAAAACAACUCCCUCCCCCUGGACCCCCACUUUACUCUACCCUGGGUCUGAUAGACAUGCUACAGCACAGAGACCGUACACAAACAGAGAUAUGGAGAGAGAGAGGUUGAUCCAUCAGUGUAAUCAAUCGAUCCAUUGAUUUCAGUAGAUCACAAUUAUAAAAUCCAUCAAAGAUUCUAAAAAUAAGUCUAAGUAUAAAUCUUAAGUCUAAAUUUAAGUCUACAGUUAAAUUGAUUUGAUAGAGCAAAUAGCCACCAGCCUGUUCAUUAAACCCACGUCUCUGUUCUGCCAUUUUGUUGAUCCCAUUUUUGCCAGGACUCUCCUCGCCUGGUUCUCUUAAGAAGCCGGGGAAAUUCGAUUUCAGCGCCCUGUCGCAGCAGACGAGGUCGCCUCGCAUGGCGUUCACCCACCACCCGCUGCCAAUGCUGGCGGGAGUGAGACCAGGUGAGACCCCCCUGACAGCCCCCCCAACCCCCCUGCCCAUCCCCCAUCCCCUGACCCAGACCCAGUGGAGGGGUGGCAGUGAGUGGUGUCCAUAGGGGAAGGCUCUGCUGUCCCACCCUGUGAGGGACAACGGUAGUAGAGCUAUGUUUUUUAAAGAAGCCUGAGGCACAGAAUAUAAGCUAGAGUAUAACAUACAGUUGUUCCUUCCUAUUCCCUGUAAAGAGAUCAGUCUCUGUCAGUCUGUGGUUGAGUGCUUGGGUGACUGGGUGAAGAGCCUCCAUUCUAUACCUCCAUUUCUCUGAUCACCACCUUCCCUGAUCACCACCUCCCCGAGCCACACUGCCCCGACCCAUGACUAUGGUCUUUAAACCGGCACAUGUAGUUAGUUCUUGAAGGGCACAUGGUUUAUUGGCUUCAGAACGUUAUUAUACAGAGCCUGAAACUUGGUGUACAGCCCUACAUUCUCAUGAGUACUGUAUUUUUAGAACAGACAUUUGUUCUUGUACUGAGUAUUUCUCCUGGCUCACGGCUGAUAAUGUCUUGAAAUCUUCCCUUAAAAUGCUUUAUACUUAUGCUGUUCACCAACAAUUAUUAUAAUAAUCUAUCUCUCUCUUCUCCUCUCUUUCUUCUCUCUCUCUCUCUCUCUCUCUCUGACUGAGACGCCUAUGGUAGGGGAACCUAGGGAGUGUGUGAAGAGCUUACUGUUAUUGUGUCUGGCAGUGGAACAGAGUCAUUGUGUGAGCCAGUGGUUAUUUCAACCCCCUGGGGGCGUAGACAAGGAUCUCAUGAUAAAAUCAGAUAUCAACAGUUGCCACAGGGCUGUAACUGGGACAUUUGCAUUCUCAAUCGUAUCAUCACUAUAAACCAGCAGUUCUGAAGCAAGUCAUUGUGAAGGGUUUCUGUGAACAGUUCACCAUAGAUGAUGAGCAUCUCAACUCAUCUGAACUCCCAACUCAAAGCUAAAAGUUCCUAAAUUGAUCAGAAGCAGUGAGGUUGACCACCGUGGAAUGACAUCUACCUCAGAGAUGCUGAGAUUGCCUCCUACACUCUUAGAAAAAAGGGUUCCAAAAGGGUUCUUCAGCUGUACCCAUAGGAUAACCCUUUUUGGUUCCAGAGAGAACCCUUUUUGGUUCCACGUAGAACCCUCUGUGGAAAGGGUCCUACAUGGAACCCAAAAGGGUUCUUCAAAGGUUUAUCCUAUGGGGACAGCCGAAGAACCCUUUUAGGUUCUAGAUAGCACCUUUUUUCCGAAGAGUGUACUCUGCCUCUGGAGCAGUUCGGCAACGCUCCCUUGACAAUACUCAACUGAAUGGAGCACUGUAUUUUGUCUCUUCAACAAACUAGUUAUGUAUGUCAUUCCCAUGCCUGUGUGAAAGUGUUUACUGCAUUGUUGUUGUUGUUGUUGUUGUUUUGUGUGGUAGAUCCAGGGGGUAUGGGGGUGGGGGGGUUUGGGGUAUAGUGGUCCCCCCCCCCCCCCCCGCCCCCCAGAGAUAUUGGCCCUAGCCCAGUCUCUAAUGGGAUUAAGGGGGACUAAAGGAGCAGGGAGACGGCUCCACCGGGGUAGCAUGGAGCCUGGCAGGGAGCGAGGUACUGCUUGGCUGGGGGGCACAGGGCCCUGUCUGGGGGUAACACACUGGAGUUGGCAGCCUCAUGUGGGCAGCUGGAGGCCCUGCUGGGUGGGGCAACACUAAAGGGGGUAGACUGGCACACCAGAAGAAAGAGGGAGGGGUGCGCCCCGCUAAUACAAAUCAAGGAGAUUUAGUAAUGGAUAUACAUCUGACAGAGAGGGCUUUGUGUCCGAUUCAAACGUUCGCUCACACCUCAGUCUCCAUAUUCAGCUCGGCUGGGUGACUUAAAGCGAGAUACUUUCUCACCCUCUCAUGCAGGCACAAAAGAGAGCUUUUGUAUUCCCUUACAGACGCAGCAACACCCAGACAUUUAAACCCCCACACCUGCACACAACCAAAUAGAAAUCAUGCAAGUGUAGACCACUAACACAUGCACAUAAACUCACACGUACAGUGUGAACGUAAAGAUUAGUCUUGUCAUAGAGGAUCGUUGGAAAGCAGCUUGCCUAUUUGAAUGCCAAAUUGUUGUGGCGCCUGUGAAUCACACCCACAAAACAGCACACAGACGCACAGGCAUUAAGACGUUCUAAUUUAAGACAGUGCUCAAUAAUCUGUUUGUGCUUUUUCUUUUUUGUGUGGUUUGGGGACUGCUUUUGUAAUGUAGACCAUUGUGUUUGUGUGCUUGUUUAUGUGUAUGGGUGUGUGGAAUGUGUGGAGUUGCCUCAUGAAAACAGUACAGAUUUAAUGGAGUGAUUUAUAAAAUAUUAUGGCCAAUGCCCAUACUGUUCAUACAGUGAAAUAAGCAUUUCCUGUAAAGCCUCAUUCUUUCUUGUAAUACAUUUUCACCCUUAAUCUAUCAUGAUUUGAUGAAAUGAAACUCUUAUUUGGACUGAUGUCACUCAAUGUACCUGUCCCUGGGUCUUAAGAUGUGGCCACCGUUGACUGUUACACUAAAAGCCCUUGUAAGUGCUCACUGCUGAACUGCAUGUCUCGCUGUUUAUCUCUAUUUCUCUUUCACUCACUCUCCCUCCUUUCAUCUAUCUAACUAACGUAUGUCUCUUCUCAGGGAGCCCCCGUGCCUCAGCCUCUGCCCUGCACUUCCCCUCCCCCUCCAUCAUCCAGCAGUCCAGCCCGUACUUCACCCACCCCACCAUCCGCUACCACCACCAUCCUGGACAGGACCCCCUGAAGGAAUUUGUGCAGUUUGUCUGCGCUGAUGGCUCGGGACAGUCUGGAGGCCAGGUAAGGUUUGAUGUAAGAGGAGAGUUCAGUGGCUGAGUGAUACCAACCACUUGUACACUAAUGUAAUCACACAUGGGCACAACAAAAGACCAAUGAAGGCAGUAAGAAUAGAAUUCACGAACAUCUAAUGUGUGGCCAUACAAAUGACACAAGCAUGACUAAAUGAAGUGGUGAUUAUUAACACUCUAUAGACAUGUACUGUGUUUGCAAGGUAAGGAAACAGGGUUGACUUUGUGAAGAAAAAAAAGUCCAUCUGAGUUUACAAAAUUAACUUCAGCCAAUUGCCAAACUGUUGCACCAGUGAGGAGAGAAAGCAAAAUACUACUAUUGACAAUUUCCUGUUGGUCCAGGGUUUUCUGUACUUAAUCUUUUUUCCUUGUUUUUUGUCCUGUGCUCUUCCAGACCCUAAGGUUCCCUUUUUUCUUUUGCUCCGCCCACCCCCUCAGAUUAUGUAAUCAUCAGCACGAAAGCCUACAAUCACAGCACAUUUCAAUUGAGCAUACAUGUUUUGUCUUCCGUUUUUAUUGUAAUGAUUAUUUCGCGUGUUGUUGGUGUUGUGUUUUCUUAGUAGAGUAUUUUUCCCAUGUUUUGAUUUGUUGCCAUGUUAUGGACAAACCCCACCACCAAUUGUGCUCUCACCCCCCUCCCACUCACCCCUUCACCACGGACCACCCCAGAACUCCCCUCCGCUCCAAAUCCCCUAUCAACCCUUGUGGUGAUUAUUAUUUUUUACACCUCCAUAAAUGACGCAAUGCACAUACAUCAUUCGUUUGGCUGUUGUUUCCAACACCCCCACCUCUCCCACCACCCAUCAUGGAUAUUUUUUUGACCUGGUCUCUGGAGCUGCGUCCUGUCAUGCCGUGUGCGGGUUGUCACAUGUCGCCCUCCUGACCCUGUUUGUGUUGUCCGCAGCCAAACGGGAGCGGCCAGAGCAAAAUGCCGGGCUCCUUCUUGCUGCCUCCACCUCCCCCAGUGGCCCGCCCAGUGCCCCUCCCCAUGUCCGACUCUAAAUCCAGCAGCACGCCUCCCGACGGCGGACUGACCUCGCCCACAUCUCCGUGUAAGUGACCCCACAGACCAAAUCAGAACCAAAACCAAAACCACCCCAAACAUUUUUUUUUACUGGAGCUGCCCCUCCUCCUCUGUAUCUUAGGGCCUUGGCCAUCCAUCCUCUGCCCUCCCCCCCAACAGCCAGUUCACCUCUCACCUCCUUCACAGUCUGGGAUCAUACAGACCCUAGAGUUAUGACAGAAGCCUGUCACCAUUCUCCUCUGAUGACCCUUCUGUGGUGUCCUCCAGGGCUCUAUAUUAGGCCCAUCCUGAGCCCUUCCUUGAAUGACACUACCCCUUUCUCCAUACCCCUGUGCCUCUGUGCUCACAGAUGUUGACGCAGCAGAGUGACAUCCUGGUUUUCCUCCGUUUAUAUGUUUUAUUUAACUCAUGUGGCCAGCCCCCGAGAUGUCAUUUGAGAUCGGAAGUAGUCUAAAAUAGAAAUAGAGUUGGAUCCAUUUCCUUUUCGUCAAUUGCUCUCUCUAAAUCACAUAUUUUUUACUAAUGGCACAUAUUUAGGGCAGUUUAUGUGGACUCCAAAACAUCAUGCUCCAGUUAUUCUGCCAUUUCCCCAUAAAAAUAUCCAAACAUGAAAAUAAUAUUUGGAGUUAUAUUCGAUUUUUUUGUUGAAUUGAUUUAUUAAUUUUUUUACUGAGUUGGUGGUGUUGUUGCUUUGAAGGUCAGAUAUGGAGUUCUGCUUAUGUAUGUGCAGUUUUAGACUGAAGGGGUGUGUCCAGUAGAAGGGUGUGUCUAGCUAUGGGGAGUGUCUGCCAAAAGGGAAUGUUUCUCACCUAUGACAGGAGGGGCACUGGACGGAGCACUUUUUAAAAUUUUAUUCUUCUGUUUUUUAUAUUUCCGAUUUUUUGUUUUGUUUUAUGAAUUUUUUCAACCCCCCCAAUCAGUGUCUCAGUCUUUUAUGUAUUUUAUCUAUGUUACUGAUUCUCAAACAUGAGGACAUAUACAAUCUUAGAUAAAAGGGUUCCAAAAGGGUUCUGCGGCUAUCCCCAUAGGAGAACCCUUUUUGGUUCCAGGUAGAACUCUUUUGGGUUCCAUGUCCUUUGUGGAAAGGGUUCUACUCCAUGCUGCUAAAUAAUACAGACUUACACACACUACACACACACUACAGUAACUUUCCACUAUCAGAUUCCUCACGUUAGAAGGGUUUGUAAUAACUACCUUUGUGUUGGAGUCCAUAUUGACCUCAAACUGCCCUAAAUUUGCUUCAACCUUUAACCCCAAUGGGAACAGAGUUAUGGUUUGGAGAUGUCCAGCUCAGUUCAGUAGCCCUACUCUAUGAUGCUUAGGGGGACUUACAGUAACAAUUCUAUGUGUGAUGUCAGCUUGAGAGCUUAAAGCAGUAUUUUCUGAAAUUGUUAUGAAACUUAAGUACAAUGCUCUGUUAAUUUUUUUUAUUGAACACAGGCUGUGGUUUGUGCUGAAAUGGUUUGACCAUCCCUUCUUUCUGUGUCUUUGUCUGCAGCUUACUCCACGUCAGGGGCCACAGCUCCCAACAGGUUUGUCAGCAUCGGAUCACGGGACAACAACUUUUUGAACAUCCCGCAGCAGACACAGGUGAGCCCCUAGCACACAGCUUUAGGGCUCGAUUCAAUCUGUAUCGCUGAAGUGAAGUUCGCGAUUGAAAGUGAAAGGUAAUUCCGAUUGAAUCGAUGUAUGCAGCGUUUACCAUGACUGCAGUCUCCGCUAACGUGGGAACAUUGCCUUUACAUUUCUAUCGCGCUGUAGCACAGCUCUUCAGCGCUAUGGAUUGAAUCAAGGCCUUACUUGUAAAGCAGGUCACUCUCAUCAGCACUAGUACCAACACUACCAAACUACUACAUUAGCACAUUAGCGCUUUCUGCUGCUCUCCACGGUGUGUGAGUAUGUGCUUUCGUGCGUGUUUUCAUGUGUGGUGUGCGUACGUGUAUUUUUUGUGUGUAGGAAACCUGUCUGUUUUCAUUGAGAUUAUCGGCCCAACUCAGGAAACUUACUUAGGUGAAUGGAUACAAGCCAAAAUAUUUCUUAUUCCCAAACUGCCUAACUACUCCCUAAAUCUUACUGGUGUAUUUCCUCUCCCCUCUCCUCAUCCCAUGAUUUGUUGUGAAUGUGUGUUUUUGUGUGUAUGGUUUACCGUGUGUGUGGUUUACCGUGUGUGUUAAACUGCCCUCUCACUGUUUAUUUGGCCCAUCUGGAGCCUACCCCUCAGGCAGCGGGCUCUCUCUCCCUCUCUCCACCGCACUGGUUCUCGCUCAUAUGCCUCCUCCAUUACCCACUGCACUUUUCUCAUUAGUGUCCAACCACACCCGCCCCGAGCCAGCUCUGCUCCACACUCCUCCCCACCACAUGGAAACCAUCUGAAGCCCCCUGCUGCUGCUCUCACCCUCCCUCCCUACACUCCCUCGCUUCACUCCCUCUAUGCUCUUCCUCAGCUCACUCUCUCUCUCCCUCCUACCACCCCUCUUCUUCACUCUUACUUUGCCCCUCUUCUUCACUCUUACUUUUGUCUUGCCUCUCUCUCUCCAGCUUCGUAACAUGCCCUGUUUGACUAACCCACCCCGCUCAUGAGGCUCACCUUACACCACCGUGCCAACUCUACGCUAUUUUGGCCCUUCUUUACCCUCUCUUUCUGAACAAACUCAGAACUAUUCAGAUACACAUACACGCACACACACACACUUCCUGUGUAGCCCUCCAGUGCUCUGUGCUAUUGAGUAUAUUGUAUUUACAGUAUGGUUUUAGUUUACACUGGAUAAAUGAAAUUUUAUAGGGAGUUUUAAUUGGUUGCAUAUGUAGCUCAGUAAUGACAUUGUUAGCAUAAUGCUCUAUCAACACAUUAAUAAUGUGCAAAGGCCUUGUGAAAAGUCUGUUUGCUGUGACUGCAGGGCCUGUAUAGAUCUAUCCCUCCCAGGGCAGAGAUAUGUGGUCUCCAAGUGUCCUCUGGUGGCAGCAAGGGGAUUCUACGGCCAGAGGAGAGAGGAAACAGGAGAACGAGCGAGAGGGAGAAAAAUAGUGAAAGAGAGGGAGAGUUUCAGCACAGCCCUCCUCAUAGAAGUCACGUCCCGACUGUCUGGUUGCCUGCAGCAACCAGACAUGAUGUCAUAGCCACUUGAACUUGAGAGGGGAUGCUGGGGGGAGGAAGGGGUGGGUUAGAAAAGAGGGUGGUCACUACUGCCAAGGAUUCCAGAGAGAGUGUUAGAGGGAGAUAGACAGAGAGCGAGAGAGAGAGUGAGAGAGAGAGAUAGUGUAACUGACAGGGGAAGAGUUAAGAAGUCCAUAGGCUGCUGGGACAGAGCCUGCGGCAAGAGGGGGGAGGAGGGAGGGCAAGAGGCAGGAGUGGGGGGUAUUCAGGCGACCUGUUAGAGUCAAACAGAACAAACGGCACCUCCCCAGAGGCCCAGAGUUUCCAAGGCUCGACUUCCAGAAUGUUGGCCUGUGUUGACUGGUGCCGUAUCCCGGCCGGCGACCCACUUCUGCUCUCUUUUCACACUGAGCGGGAGAAACCCAAUCUGAAUACAGGGAGUGCCAGCCAUCUCACCCCCCGCUGCCUGUGGACUCUGAGUCCAGUCAGGAAUAACAACAGCCAUUAGCAGCAGAGCCAAACCAUACUCCCACAGCACUAUAGUACAGUACAGUACAGUACAGCCAUGGACAGUCAGUCAAUAUAGCUGGGAGUAUUUCCUCAUGCGGUCCUCUGUAGCUCAGCUGGUAGAGCACGGCGCUUGUAACGCCAAGGUAGUGGGUUCGAUCCCCGGGACCACCCAUACACAAAAUAAAUAAAUGUAUGCACGCAUGACUGUAAGUCGCUUUGGAUAAAAGUGUCUGCUAAAUAGCAUAUUAUUAUUAUUAUUAUGUUUCCUCAAUACGAAAAGGGGCAGACAACUGUUGACCAUUGUUAGCGUAUGGAAUAUGUGGGGGCCUCUAGUGGUCAAUUGUGGAACUUGGUGUUUACUUAUUUCAAUGGUACACAUUUUAUACUGAACUUAACAACAUCCUCUUUUUUUCUAUUUAACAGUCUUGGUUCCUCUGACAUGACCUGUCUGCAAACCAGCGACUAGAAUUCUUUCUUUACAAUCGGGAAUUGAAACAUGGAAAACAGAAAAAUAACCCACAGGAAAUUGUCCUCCGAUCCUUAUGUCUCACAUAAAAAGUAAAGCAACCCAGGAAAUCUUAGCAUGAUACUAGUAGAGGAACUCUGGAACCAAUUACCUAAACAGAGGGAACCCCCCAUUUUUAAGACGGGAGGAUCAUAGGAUUUGGGAUAGGCAGAGGACAAGAAGUCAUCUCUCAAAACCACCGAACCAUCAAAACACGGCAACACAAAAAGAGGAACCUGAAGAGAAAAAAGGUCACCUUCUACUUCGGAACAAGGACACAUUGUGCAAUGGCUGGGAAAAUCGACUGUUCAACAGUCACUGUUUCACACAAAAAAACAGAUGUAGGAGUGGGGAUUGAAAUUGAAGGGACAUCAAAUCACUCUCUUGAAGGCACAAGACACGCCAUAAUUUAAAUGAGGUACGCUCCCCACUGUCAAAUCACCCACAAAACAAACCCAUUAGGUUCCAGUGAAAUAUGUAGCAGUCCAUGCUACUGUGAUGUCUCCCUGUCACUCAACACACUGUCAAUUGACCAGUCUUUCCCAGUCUUAUAACCAUUGACCUAAUCAGCCCCACUACUAACAAAACAGAAACCAUGCCAAAACAUAUCCUAAAGGUUGCACUACAAGCUGAAUUAACACUAAUCUCAUGUCCACUAUUACACCUACAUGGCAUGGGGGGAUAACAGGCGUACCUAUGAUUGUAUUGUUAUUAUUAGUGAAAGAGGAAAAACCAUGAUAUGAGAAGUCUCAGCCCACAGUUCAGCAACACCAAGGCCUCCAUUCUAACCAGCAUCCCAGCAGAAGAACCCAAACCCAAGGAAAGCUAAAUGCAAUCGCCCAGUUCACUCUUGCAAAACUACAACCGCGACAAUAAUCAAGUGCUAAGUAUACCCACUUUCAUUUGAAUGAUGAAUGCCAUUUGCAACACACAUAUACACACACACACAAACACACACCGGGCCCAAGUGGUGUUAUUACGUCUAUAACACAUGCUAUGCACACGUUUCCAGAACACUCUUUUAGCCCCUUGUAGUAGACACAGAACCCAACACACAUCCACAUACUUUUUUUUUUAAAACACAGGCCUAUGCAUUAACACCCAGAACUACAUAGUUACAGUAGUAAUAUUCCCUUUUGCACAGAAUUGUUUCUUCUCUUAUUGGACUUGUCCCUCUGAAUUUGUCCGCUUUUUAAAAUGUUGUGUUUGAAUGACAGCACCUUAUUGAGAAAUACAGCGGGUGGGAGCGAGACUUCGAGUGGUAUUGCCAGGAAGGGUGAUCCAGUCAGUGUUCAGUACCAUGUAGUGAAACAGUGACAUUAGGUUGCUGAGGGCCCAGAGUCCACCUCCCUCCCAUCUCCCUGAAGUUUACCCUUUUUGUUUACACUCCCAGACUGCCCCUGUUCCAAGAGCAGAGAGCCACGCUGCGGAGCAAAAUGAUGAUGUGACAUAUUUGUUCCCAUGUUUGGGAAGGAGAGUCUGGGUUGAGGUCAGAGGCCAUAUUGAGAUGGUCUGGCAGGGUGUUAUGGUCGCCUCUUUUCCCUGACACGAUCUCAGCUCCCCAUCCUAUCCCUUAUAGAUCAAACUGCCCUAAAGAUACCUUACCAGCCAAAAGUUUAACCUUUUCAAAUCAAGAGGGACAAAUUAAAUGAACACACUUAGAACAGCGCCACUUGACAAACUCACACACAAUCACAUGCAAACCUACAGUAUAAGUAGCAGUCACAACCACCCAGCCCAGGCCAGAUUGACUGUAAAGGGAAGUCUUAACAUAGGGCAAUCUCUGAGGAAACCUUUUGUUUUUAAUCAUUCACUUUUUAUUUGAAUUCCUACCAUUACUAAGAUUCAGUUUGAAAGUGAUUUUUUUAUUAAGGAACAUCAGCUCAAAUCACCAACCUCACAAAAUAACUGGACUGCCUGGCCAUGUACUUCACUGCAGGGAAACAAUGUUGCCAGACGGCAACUAUCUCAUCAGCUUGAUAGAGAACUAGCACUGCUGAAUAAGAAUUAUGAUGGCUAUGGUGAUUUCUUUUCUAAUCUAUGGAAGUGCCUCUGUAUUCCCAUUAUGCAAUUUGUUAAACAUGAAUUCAGGUUCUUUUUCUCACAUAUAAGCUAUAGUGAAUGGUGGUGAAAUGCUAUGUCUGGGGAGAAAAACAGUGACAGCUCACUGAAUAAUUGCAAUCAUCUUUAUAUAUACACACAUAUAUAUUUAUAGAUAUAUACAUUUUUUAUUUGCAAAAUAAGCUCUGUGGCAGUCUAGUUAUUUUUUGAAGCAUGGCACAGUCAAUUGAUACAUCUUAAACAGCUGAUUAGUGCAAAAGUACCCGUCCCUACACCCACACCUACAUCUAAUAGCAAAAAGUGUCCAUGGCAAAUACUAUAGAUACAUGAUUUAUAUAGCAAACAAUAAAGUAACAUUGUAGUCAAGGAAAAUAACGGAUUCGAUUUCGGUUAUUCUUUCUUGUUUGGUUGGGAAGUAUUGUUGUUGAAAAAAUGUAUGUAUGUUGAUUGAGCCAUGUGCAAUGCCUUGGGUAGAUACAUUGUGUUUGUCUGUUAGAGAUUGUUUGAGGGUGUCAAGAGAAAAGAAAGGCUAAACCCUCUAUUUUUUUGUUUUAAGUCCACAUGCUCCGGGACUCUAAACACCAGGGCAGACAAAAAAAAAUCCCAGUCUUUGUAAAUUGAGAAUUCGUUUUUAUUUUUCUUCCUUAUUCCUUUAAAAACGGUAUUUGUAAUGAUUUGUUUUCUAAAUCUGGGAGGGCUGAAGGAACAAUUUAGCAAAACAAAAAUAUAUAUCACUAAAUGAAACUGGUGCUUUUUACGAAAUAAAGUACAUUCAAAAACUCUAUUAUACAUAAAUAGUAAUAAACAAAAUUAAGUGUUACCAUAAAGCACAUUUUAGGAAACAUGCAUUAUUCUAUUUCUCAUUUUGUAUUUACCAAUGGGGGAGGGGUUCAUUAUAUGAAAAGGUUGUGACAAAAGGCAUUUUUCUUCAACCUUUAUCCCAUAGCAGGAAGAGAACAGUUCUUUAGCGUUUGAUUAGAUGGUUAUCCUGACAAUGGGAUGAUGAACUAGAGGAAAGGCCUGACGUAAUGGACAUCUGGGCCAUGUCUGUAUCACCAGAGAACUGACUAAAACAUGACCUAUUUAACAGAUGAAUUCCAACUUGAAUGCAAUUUUCUAAGCUGUGGACAUGUUUAAAACUGACCAACCGAAGUAAUCAGAUCUUCCCCAUUUUGGGAGAUGCAUCAGAAAUGGAAUCCAUUUUUCUAAGUGUUAGCUCAACCACAAAGUGAUUAAUAGCGUUUGGAGAGAUGGGAGGUGUAAUGUGAAAUACAUUUUGGUAGGUUUAGUUGAUUAGUAGACUCCUAUCUCAAACCCAAACAAGAGGUGAGGGAGUAUAAGGUGUAUUUUGAGCACAGAAAGGAUGAGAGCAGGUUUCAAUCAAAGAAGUGAACCCUUCCCCCUUCCAUACCCACUCCCAAUCCGCAGUGUAAAUUUUUCUAAAUAUUUGUUUGGUGAUGUAGUGUUAGAAUCAGAGCAUCUUAAAGGUUGUCCCUAAAAAGUGCCUUUUGUUCACAGACUCCAUCUUGUAAUCCUGAGUGCCCGUCUCAAAAAAGUCCCCUCCUUCAUAUUUCUUCUAUUUCCUCUCCUUCUUCAAGCUUUUCAAAGCAGUAUAUAUAGUACUAAAGGAAAUUGGUGUGAUUUAGUUAUUUUUAUUGUUGAAUAAUUAAGAAAAGCAAAAAACUAAAAAAAUCUGUCUUGCUUCUCUUCCUGUAUCUUGUCUUCUGUCUCUCUUGGACACUGGAGUAGUCUGUAGUCUCCUUAUCCCUCCCCAAACCCCUUUUCUCUGAAUGGAGGGGUAAAAAAAAAGCAAAACUUUGUCUGAGCAGAAUGCAGUUAGCUCACAUGUUAUUCUUGUCUGUACGCUUCACAUUGUAUACCAUGCCGAUCUCUUCAGCUUCUCCAUUGAACAGCUAAUGUAAGUGAACAAGUUACACCAGUGGGCUCUUGGGGUGUUGGCGAGGUGAGGGUCUGUGAGGGAGCCUAGUUUUUCACUGGGAUGCAUUUGAUGACAUCACACCGUGGGGAUAAAAUACACAUAGGAAUUUCCCUCUGAAUGGGCAAGGGAGCUGCAUGGCAACUGGGGUAGAAUAGGCAGGUUCGUUUGUAACUCUUUUUAUCUAUUUAUUUUUUUUACUGAAUUUGGAUUUUCAUAUCUUAUGCAGCGAUGCUGCAUUGAGACCUUUUAAUGAUGCACCUUUCUAGUGGUUGUAUGAGACCAGCUAUUAAAACAAGUGAAAAAAGUACCUGAAAUGACUCUAAGCACCUUAUAACGGAAUGGCUCCAGCCCAGGUAGACUGGCAGGCUCAGAUUCACAAUCAAGAGAACCCAGCCACAUUACACCCAUUUACUAUAACCCCAAAUGAACAGUGAGAAAAAUUACAGACGAAAGUCAUAUGGUUCUAUACACUGUAUGCGACAUGGCGUAGACAGUUAAAGCACCUUGAAAUUCCACCUGCAAAAUCAAGAGCAGGCUUGAUAGAAGUCCUACUUGACUCCUACAAGAACAUGCACGUUUUUAUUUUAAGUGAUUGAAGCCAGCAGCAGUAUUAGCCUUGACAAGUAAAGCGCCACAGUCGAGAAGCCAUAGUGACAAACAGGUUGCACAGUGUGUGCUUUGCUUGGGCAGAAUGUUGGUCCCUACCUAUCUUGCCCUGCAGCACCAGAGAGCUCUGUCUCUCCCUGGCCCUGGCCAUCCGUCUUUUUAUUUUCCUUCGGGUUUGUUUGUUUUUAAAGUGUGUAGGGCAUUGGGCCGUGUUUAGUGUUGUGUAGAGUGAACCCCCAGCUGGCCUUGCCCCCCCACCCACUAGCUCCCACUGCGCCCCUCAGUGCAGCUUCCCUCCCUCAGGAAUACGCCUCCCAGAGCCCAUGGUGAAAUGCAUGUGUUAAUUACAGUUUCUUUUCCAUAAUAAUAAAACAGUUUGAAAAGUGCAACACUUGAAUAAAAGGAUGUUCUUGACUGUAA